UUUGUUACUUUUACAAACUGAUUCGCUUUCCGCAACACCGGCAAAAUGGAAAGUUGGACAGAUAAAAAGGCCAAAUCAAGUCUUUUAAAGACAAAAACUACAUUUAGUGGUUCAACUAAAGUCAGCAAUGAUCGUAAAAAGCGUAUUACCGCCCGCACGCUCAAACUCCCUCGACCAUCGCCGAUAAACAUAGAGGAGCUAAUGGAGAAAAAGAUAAAGAAGUUGAGAGACAACAGUUUCAUAUUUUUAACUUAUGCAUUCCCGAGAUGUAGUGAACGUUUUGGACCCUAUCUGUUUCUGGAAGUUCCAUUCAGUAAAGUCGACAAACACGAGUACUAUACAGUAAGCCGGCAUGGCAUUACAUAUUGGAGCGAUAGCGAAAACCAUUUCAGUCAACUUAACGAGUGGCUUGCCGAUUACGAAAUGUACAAACGAAUAACAAAGCUGAAUUUCUUUGGCAACUAUCGCUACGCAAAGGCGUUCCGUCAGUGGCGGCAAAAUGUCAAGCGCACGAAGUAUGAAACUGCCAAGCACGCGUUGGGCGGAAGUUUGUUUCUGGCGAUGCCACGUUUGGCCAAAGCUUUGCUCUAUAUGAGAGAGCAGUACGAGCAGUUGAUACAUUUCCGAUAUUUCGAUGUCUCUGUUUGCGAAAAUUGGCAUUUGCCGUACUUUGUGGAAACUCAGCUAACGACUUAUGAACAAGUGCGCGAUUUGUUGUUCAAUCUGAACAAAAAGAUGCGCGGAGUGCUAUAUGAUGCUUGUACCAACACACUAUCGGAUCGUGGUUAUUCGCCUCACGAUGAGGCAUUGAACUGUACCAAUAAGAAAAAGCUAAAGGAUAUUAUGAGUUUCACGGAGCGGGCCAAUAAACGUAAACUCUGUGCAUUGCUUGCAAGAUUCUUAGGAUACGCCGAUCACAUGAUGAUCAAUCUGCUACAUCAGGUGUUAAGCGAGUCGUUUCGGAAUCUUUCACAAGUUUUCAAAGGGUAUUCGAUAGAGCUAACGGAAAAAAUGCCCUUCAUGACGAUCGAAUUGGUGUUACACCCAACCAAAAUCGCCGUUGAUCCAUCGAGAAGUGUUGCUUCUUCAUUGCUCGAAAAUAUUUGUUCAAUGGUAGUGGAAUCAACGAGAAGCAUAGAGAGAUUCCAAAGUGACUCAUAUUUUGCUUUAUUCACAGAGCCUAUUAUAAUGGGUCGCCAAGAAGAUCGCCUAUGUGGAAACCCACCAAGUUUUAAUUUUAUUAUGGACAAUGAUACUGAACUUCUGAAUAACAUAAAAUCCAUAAAUAUUCAUAUUAACGAAGCGUACGAUAUUGUUGACGAAUAUACCAUAAAAUUUGACAAAAUUCGUGAUAACUACCAUAAGGCACUUGCAAUGGACCGAGACCUAAUUAGAAACGAGACGGAUUUGAACACAUUGGAGAAAUUCUGUCAAAGAUACAACUCGGAAAUGACAGAACUGGAGAACAUUCACGAAUCUCAACGACUUGGUUUAGUGCAAGUCAAACAGCUAACGUUCCGCGAAGAAAUACUUCCCGUCUGCCAAGAUCUUUUAUCGGUAUUAGAUGAAACUUUACCAAAACUUGCCAUAGAGAAAAUCAACUAUGUCAGCCAGAAAGGGGAAGAAAUUUCUACCAAGCUUAUGAUUGUUCCUGAGGAAACAAAUCAAUACAUAUACUAUUUCAACUUUCUUGAGGUAUGCCACGAACAAGUAGAAAAUUUGGAGAAGGAGUUGAACUACGCCUACGAAGCACUGAAGAUAAUGAAAAUAUUUAAGAUUCCCUUCAGAGAUGAAGAUAAGGAUAAGUACCUCGAUAUGGAAGAAUUGAUGGUGCAGAUUAGGGAAAUUAUGGAUAACAAACGUACAAACAAGCGCGAUAUGAUAAACAAAUUCGACUUAUGCUUGCAAACAGACAUUGCCAAGAUAUUCUCAGAAGUGGAGGAAAUCAGUGAACAAGUGCUUCAGGAGUGGCUUUUGGACGUUAAAUCAGACCCAGCACAGAUCCGCGACUGUCUGAUAGAUCUUUCAGAACGACUAAGUUCAUGUCAGCGUAAAGCACAGGAAUAUCGAAAGUACCAAAAAGAGUUUCGAUUGGAAGUUACUCGUUUCGAUAAACUGGACAUCGUGAUGAAUGAAGUCAAGCUCCGCCAGACACUGUGGGACGGUGUGCAGCAAUGGAAAGAUAGUUUAGAACUGUGGAGUGAGAUCAAAUUCUACGAUCUAAACGUCGAAGAAGUUGAAGCUCUUAACAAUAAAAUUUUGAAAAACUGUGCUAUGCUGGAUAAGAACCUACCCAAAAAUGACAUUAUACCAAAGUUAAGGCUUGAAGCGGAAGAAUUUAAAGAAAAAAUACCUGUGCUUACGUAUCUUCGUAAUCCGGCACUGAAAAAUCGCCAUUGGAUUAAAAUCGAACAAAUCUUGAACAAGCGAUUGGCAGGGGAAGACGACAUAUACCUGCAUACUUUUGAGGAUGCUAAUGCUUUCGAAGAAGAAAUCGCUAAUGAGCUGAUGGAGGUGUCCAACAUGGCGAGCGCAGAAUCCGGACUGGAAACACUUUUGAACAAAGUUGAAAAUGCCUGGAAAGAACUUGAGCUUACCGUGGUCAGUCAUAGAGAUGCUCGAGAUGUAUUCAUAUUAGCAGGAACUGAUGAGAUUCAAACUGUUCUGGAUGAAUCGAGUAUCAAUAUUAGUACAAUAGCUGCAUCGAGGCACGUUGGACCGAUCAAAGCGAAAGUUGAUGACUGGACUAAGCAGCUCGACCUUUUCUCACGCACUUUGGACGAAUGGUUAGUGUGUCAGCAAUCUUGGAUUUACUUGGAGGCUAUAUUUUCUGCACCUGAUAUACAAAGACAACUGCCCCACGAAACACAAAUGUUCCUCCAAGUUGAUAAAAGUUGGAAAGAUCUUAUGAGACGUACGCAGAAAUCUCCAAUGGCAUUGAGCGCCGUGACUGCUGAAGGGGUUUUGGAGCAGUUACAGAUUAACAACGUUCUGCUAGAAAAAGUUACUCGUUGUCUAGAAGCAUAUCUUGAAGUGAAACGCAUGGCAUUCCCAAGGUUCUACUUUCUGUCAAACGAUGAACUGUUGGAAAUUUUAGCCCAAACCAAAAAUCCACACGCCGUCCAACCGCAUCUUAGAAAAUGCUUCGACGCUAUUGCUCGUAUUGAGUUUGGCAAGAAAAAGACCGAAAGUGGAGAAUCUGUGAUGACAAAUGACAUUAUUGCUAUGAUAUCUCCCGAGGGUGAGCGUCUUACCUUCGGUAUAGGCUUGAAAGCACGUGGAGCCGUUGAAGACUGGUUAUCCAAAGUAGAAGAAGCAAUGUUCCUGGCAGUGAAAAGAUACAUGCGACUGGGAUAUCGAUGCUACCCGACAAAAGAUCGAUCAUUCUGGAUGCAAGAACAUCCUAACCAGAUAGUGUUAACAGUAUCACAACAGCAAUGGUGUGCCGAUGUACAUGAAAUUCUAGAUGGAAAAGGAAAAACUAUGAAGAAAAUGAUUGCGUUCAAGGAAAAAUUAGUCAAAAAUCUAGCUAUUUUAGCAUCAAUUGCGAGAACAAAUAUAUCAAAGCUAGUACGAAAGGUUCUAUGUGCGCUUAUCACCAUCGACGUACAUGCCAUGGACAUGAUUUCACAAAUGAUCGAGAAAGCAGUUACCAAAUCGUCAGAUUUCGAAUGGCUCAAAAUGCUACGGUAUUACUGGAUGACUGAGACCGACACAGUUGAAACUAAAAUGGCAUCGUCCAAUCAACCAUAUUUCUAUGAAUAUCUUGGUGCAGGCGGAGUUCUGGUCAUUACACCGUUAACAGACAGAUGCUAUUUAUGUUUGAUGGGCGCUCUGCAAAUGGAUUUAGGUGGAGCUCCUGCUGGACCAGCAGGAACUGGAAAAACUGAAACUACCAAAGAUCUCGCCAAGGCACUUGCAAUUCAAUGCGUUGUAUUCAAUUGCUCCGACGGACUGGAUUACAAAAUGAUGGGAAGAUUUUUUACUGGUUUGGCACAAUCGGGGGCGUGGUGUUGUUUCGAUGAAUUCAAUCGGAUUGAUAUCGAAGUUUUAUCAGUAAUUGCACAGCAGUUAAUCACAAUAAGAAACGCCAAGGCGAUGAAAAUGAAGCGAUUCAUGUUUGAAAACCGCGAAAUUAAGUUGAAACCCUCUUGUGCUGCAUUCAUUACUAUGAAUCCUGGAUACGCAGGAAGAACGGAGCUCCCGGACAAUCUCAAGGCAUUAUUUAGACCUAUAUCCAUGAUGGUGCCGGAUUAUGCUUUGAUUGCCGAAGUAAUAUUGUAUUCCGAAGGAUUUGAAGCAUCUAAAAUACUGGCGAAGAAAAUGGUUCAGAUGUAUAAACUCUGUAGCGAACAGCUUAGUCAACAGGAUCAUUAUGAUUUUGGAAUGCGGGCUGUGAAAAGUGUUCUGGUAAUGGCAGGUGCUCUUAAGCGUGCCUCUCCUGAUCAGCCAGAGGACAUUACCUUGAUUUGUGCGCUAAGAGAUUCUAAUCUACCGAAGUUUCUGGCAAAUGAUGCAGUUUUGUUUAAUGGUAUAUUAGGUGACUUGUUUCCAGGAGUAGAUUUACCGGAACCAGAGAGGGGUAGUUUACAGGGAGCCAUUGAGUAUUGCAUGGAGCAGAAUAAUUUGCAAACCGUUCCGGAACUAAUUCUUAAAACUCUUCAGCUUUACGAAACAAUGGUUGUUCGUUGGGGUGUUAUGUUGGUUGGCCCUACCGGAAGCGGAAAAACAACAGUGCUACAUACACUGGCGUGUGCAUUGGAAAAACUGUAUAAUGACAUGAUCGAAGGCCCCUACAACAGACCGGUGAAUAUUCAAACUCUCAAUCCGAAAGCAAUUAGCAUGGACGAGCUUUAUGGAUAUGUAAAUUUAGCAACCAUGGAAUGGAAAGACGGCUUGUUGGGGUUGGCUAUCCGGGCCGCAGUAAAUAUUUUAGAGGAAGAGCAUCAAUGGGUGGUUUGCGAUGGACCAGUAGAUGCAGUCUGGAUUGAGAAUUUGAACACUGUGCUUGAUGACAACAAAAUGCUAUGCUUGGCAAACUCCGAACGAAUAAAGCUCACAAGUUGGGUACACAUGCUAUUCGAAGUACAAGACUUGGCUCAGGCGUCACCUGCAACGGUGUCUCGAUGUGGUAUGGUAUAUCUUGACCCACUGCACCUGGGAUGGGCAGCACUAAUAACGUCGUGGUUGAAUACAGUUGAGGAAUGUUACUUGGACCAAGACUUGAAGGAACAUAUACACUUGAUGUUUAGUCGUUAUUAUGAUGCAAUGGUUAAGUACAUCAAUAGGAAAUGCCGUUGGAGUAUCCAUCAAGUAAAUGUUAGUAAAUUAUCCAUGAUGACAAAACUGUUGUUGGUACUGUUGAAGCAAACCCAGGGAAUCAAUCUCAUGGAACGUGGAGAUGCAAAAAACUACGUUUGCAAAUUGUUCACUUGGACUGCUCUUUGGGCGUUUGCAGGAAACUUAUUGGAUGGAUCUAAAGUUGGAUUUGAAAAGUUACUCAAAUCAUUGUUCCAAGAAAGUGAUGCAGCUCUGUUACCCGAUGGAUCUCUGUGGGACUAUAGGAUAAACCCAACGAUAAAAACAUGGGAGAACUGGUCUACAAUUCAUCCGCAGUUCGAAUAUAAUCCGAAUGUGGCGUAUUUCGACUUGCUCGUUCCAACCCUGGAUACAACCAAGUACGGAUUUGUCGCUGAAAUGCUUUUCCGAGAGCAGUACCCGGUUCUUUUCACAGGAGAUACUGGUGUAGGUAAAUCCGUAUUAGCUCGGGAUAUCUUGAACAAACUGAUGAAGGAAAAUGUUAUACCGAUUUUUGUCAAUUUCUCGGCUCAAUCGGAGAGUGCCCGUACUCAAGAAAUAAUUGAAUCAAGACUGGAACGUCGUAAAAAGACUUUACUAGGAGCACCAAUCAAUAAAAAGAUUAUCAUUUUCAUAGAUGAUGUCAACAUGCCGAAACUAGAUGUGUAUGGAAGUCAACCACCGAUUGAACUGCUACGUCAAUUUCUCGACUUCCACGGAGUUUACGAUCGCGAUAAAAUGUACUGGAAAGAUAUUGUUGAUGUUACACUAGGAGCAGCGUGUGCACCUCCUGGAGGUGGAAGGAAUGUUCUAACGCCGAGGUUUAUUAGACAUUUUGCCUUGCUAUCCCUUCCGUCACCUAACAGUGACACUCUGAAAACUAUUUUCAAAUCAAUACUUAUUGGGUUUUUGAGCGACUUCAGUAUGGCUAUACGUCCACUUGCUGAGCCUAUCAUAGAAGCGGCUGUCGCAGUUUACGAAAGAAUUUCCGAGGAACUUCUGCCAACACCGAAGAAGUCGCAUUAUGUGUUUAAUUUACGGGAUUUAUCCAAGUGUGUUCAAGGCAUUCUACAGGCCGACUCUUCGUCCUACGUGAAUCCUAUUCAAAUGCUUCGUUUGUUCUAUCACGAGUCGAUGAGAAUAUUCUACGAUCGUUUAAUAUGCGAAGAGGAUAAGACGUACUUCAAACAACUAUUACAAGAUUGCUGCGAGAAAUUUUUCGAAACAACAGUUGUCCAACAAGAAGAGACAGUUUUCUUCGGAGACUUCAUGGUCUUCGGGCAGGCAACAGAAGACCGCGUGUAUGAGGAAAUAAAAGAUUAUAAAAAACUGAAGAAUGUUUUAGCAGAUUACUUGGAAGAUUACAAUUCCGCCGGAGGCAAAGAGAUGAAUCUUAUAUUUUUUGGAGAUGCUAUUGAACACAUAAUCCGUUUGGCUCGAUUACUUCGAUCGGAGCGAGGAAAUGGUUUAUUGGUUGGAGUUUCCGGAAUGGGUAAACAAAGCCUCUCGCGGUUGGCCGCACAUAUCAACGGUUACCAGUGCAAUCAAAUUGCUCUCCGACGAGGGUAUGACCAUACGAGUUUUCAUGAAGACUUGAGAAAGAUUUAUUGGAUCGCAGGAGUAUUGAAUAAGCCCACUGUAUUUUUGAUAACCGAUACUCAAAUAGUGAAAGAAGAAUUUAUGGAAGACAUUAACAAUAUCCUGAACUCAGGAGAGGUCCCUAAUUUGUUUGAAGGGGAUGAAUAUGAAAAAAUUAUAUUAAACGCUCGACAACCCUGUGUAGAAUCUGGGUAUCCUAACACGACAAGAGAUGGUAUAUUCGAAUUUUUCAUCAAACGCGUUCGUGCUAAUUUGCAUGUGAUAUUGUGCAUGAGCCCUGUGGGUGACACUUUUAGGCGAAGAUGUCGAAUGUUCCCUUCGCUGGUGAACUGUUGUACAAUUGAUUGGUUUGUCAAGUGGCCAGCAGAAGCACUCUUGUCAGUAGCAAUAGGCUCAUUAAAAGAAGUAUCUGAGAAUGAAGUACAAUGCAAGCACCUAGCCCAAGUUUGCGUGAUGAUGCACGAAAGUGUGGAAACUAUUUCAGAACGGUUCUAUCGGGAAAUGCGAAGGCAUUAUUAUACGACUCCUAGUAGUUAUUUGCAGUUGAUAAACCAGUAUCGUGUUAUGGUGCAGAAACGAGUUGACAUCAUCCAACAGAAAAAGGAUAGGAUUGCUAAUGGUUUGAGUAAAAUUCUGGAAACAAAUAUUGUCGUAGCUGAAAUGGGUGAAGAAUUGAAACAGUUCGUUCCAAUUUUGGAAGAAAAAUCCAGAAACAUGAAGGAAUUAUUGUCAAAACUAGACAAGGACAAUAUAAUUGCGGAAGGCGUUAAAAAAAGUGUAGCAAAAGAUGAAGCAGAAGCUAAAAUUAAAGCUGCUGAAACCCAAGAGAUAGCUGAUGAAGCCGCAAAAGAUUUGGAGAUUGUUAUGCCUACACUACAAGCUGCGCAAGAUGCUCUCAAGGCUCUAAACAAAAACGACAUUAAUGAGUUGAGAGUAUUUCAAAAACCUCCAAAAUUGGUACAGUUUGUUAUGGAAGCAGUUCUUAUACUUCUGGGUUCAAAAACUGACUGGAACACUGCUAAAGUUGUUAUGGCUGAUGUCAAUUUUCUGAAGAAACUAGAGGAUUACGAUAAAGAGCAUAUACCAGAUUCGAUACUCAAAAAAUUAAAGACAUAUAUUGAACAUAAAGAUUUUCAACCUCCAGUCGUCGAGAAAGUAUCUAAAGUAGCAAAGUCGAUGUGCUUAUGGGUGAUAGCCGUUGAGCGGUAUGCAAAAGUGUACAGGGUGGUAGAACCUAAAAUAAAACGACAGAAAGAAGCUGAGGACGAGCUUAAUCAAGUUAUGAAGCUACUUAAGUCGAAGCAAAAUGAACUAGCAGAAAUCGAGGCCAAAAUAUUGAUGCUAAUGUCUAACUUAGAUGAAAAGAAACGAGAGAUGAAAGUCCUGCAAGACCAUAACGAUCUUACUGCUGCACGGUUGAAUCGAGCUGGCAGGCUAACGUCUGCUUUGGCUGAUGAAGAAAUCCGAUGGCGUGACACUGUGCAAGAGCUAACUGCUGAACAGUUCGCCGUUCCGGGAGAUGUCCUGGUAGCAUCCGCGUACGUAGCAUACUUGGGUGCUUUCCCCAUUGAUUAUCGCCGUGAACUUUCGAAAGCUUGGGUGGAAGAAUGUAGGAAUUUGAACAUUCCCAGCAGUGAUAAAUUUAACUUAGUUAACAUUCUGGGUGAUUCAUUGCAAAUUAGACAAUGGAACAUGUUUGGCCUACCGAGAGAUGAGAUUUCAAUCGAAAAUGCAAUUAUUUCAACUCAGGCCGGUCGAUGGCCGCUGAUGAUCGAUCCUCAAGAGCAAGCUAAUCGCUGGAUACGUGACAUGGAAGCAAAAAAUGAAUUACGCAUAAUUAAAUUAACCGAUGCAAAUAUGAUGAGAAUCUUAGAGAUCUGUAUCAGACAGGGUACUCCUAUGCUGAUUGAAGAUAUACAAGAAACGCUGGACCCGGUUCUAGAAUCCGUUCUUCUUAAGCGAGUGUUCAUACAGAAUGGCAGACCGAUGAUAAAAUUGGGAGAUGUCGACGUAGACUAUGACCACAGUUUCAGAUUAUACAUGACUACAAAGUUAGCAAAUCCACACUUCUUGCCUGAGAUAUGCAUACAAGUAACCUUAGUCAACUUCUUGGUAUCCAGAAGUGGCUUGGAAGACCAGUUACUCGCUGAUAUCAUCAAAAUUGAGCUUCCGGAAAUGGAGAAACAACGCAGCGAUCUGAUCGUUAGGAUCAAUGAAGACAAGCAACAGCUAUUGAUGUUAGAAGACAAAGUAUUGAAACUUUUGUACAGCUCCCAAGGUAACAUACUAGAUGACGAAGAGCUAGUGGAUGCCCUUAAUGAAUCGAAGGAGACCUCAAUGGUGAUUGCCGAUCGACUUGUCGAAACAGAGAAAACGGAAAUGGCGAUUGCUGCCACUAGAGAGAAGUAUCGAGUCUUAGCAUCACGAGGAGCUGUUUUGUAUUUUGUUGUAUCAUCAUUGGCAGACAUUGAUCCCAUGUACCAAUUCAGCCUGCAAUAUUUCUCAAAUGUCUACUGUUCCGUGAUAGCCAAACCACAUGAAAAAAUGGAGCUUCCUGAGAGAUUAAAAACACUGCUGGACGAUAUAACGUUCACUAUGUUCUCUAACAUUUCACGUGGACUACUUGAAAAGCAUAAACUUAUGUAUGGAUUUCUCCUGGCAGUAGGAAUUUGUAAAGAGUCUGAAGAAAUUACAGAUGACCAAUUCAAUUUCAUCCUGAGAGGUCCUACUAGCAGAAACUAUCUGCUUGACCAAAAGCCUGCAUAUGUUACAGAUAACCAAUGGUACAGUUGCAUGUUUUUGGAGGAAACAUUUAAUGCUUUUGUUGGAUUGACCAAGUGUCUUCAUGAGAAAAUAGAUGUACAGAUACAAGAUUACAAAGAGAAUCUUACUCCUGCUUUGAAGCCAAUUGAAUCAUCAAAAAAGUGGAACAACCUGUUGACGCCAGCUGAAAAACUUAUGCUGGUUGCAGCUUUGAAAGAAGAAAGCUUAGUGAUUGCUAUAACGGAGUUCAUUCGCUUCAAACUGGGAAAACAUUAUACGGAGCCACCCAAGAACACUACAUUGCCAUCGUUAUACGAUGAUAUAUCAGCAAUAACUCCGCUAGUUUUUAUAUUGUCUCCUGGCUCUGAUCCAAUGACCGCACUUAUCAAAUUCGCCCAAGAUAAGGAAUACGCAGAAAAACUAUUCUCAAUUUCUCUAGGUCAAGGUCAAGGCCCAGCAGCUGAAGCAUUGCUGGCGAAUGGUACCAAGCAUGGACACUGGGUGUUUCUUCAAAAUUGCCAUCUUGCAACAUCGUGGAUGGAAUCGAUGGAACGAAUCGUUAAUAACAUAGCAAUGGGUAUACAAACCACACACAAAGAAUUCCGGCUAUUUCUAUCAUCCAUGCCUGUAAAAACGUUUCCCAUUAGCGUGCUUCAGAAUUCUGUGAAAGUCACAAAUGAACCACCAAAAGGCUUGCGUGCUAAUCUUAUUCGAUCUCUGAGUGAUCUCGACGCUCCGAGCUUCGAAUUACAUGUGCUGGGGCAACAAUGGAGAAGCAUGGUCUUUGGUCUGUGCAUGUUCCACGGUGUAAUAUUGGAGCGGAGAAAGUUUGGCCCUCUUGGGUGGAAUAUAACGUACGAGUUCAAUGAAAGUGACCGUGAAUGUGCUUUGAAGACGUUGGAUAUAUACUGCGAAAGGGAAUUUAAAUCCCCUAUUCCUUGGGAUGCUCUGGAAUACAUCAAUGGUGAAAUCACCUAUGGAGGCAGAGUUACGGAUAAUUGGGAUCAACGUUGUUUGCGCUCGAUUCUGAAAAUAUUUUCAUCCGAGCAAGUACUCUCGACACUAUACCGAUACAGUGAAAGCGGUUCAUACUACUGCCCGGAAGCGAAAAAUUUGGAUGAAUGCAAAAUUUAUGCUAAUAGUUUACCUAUACACGAUCCCCCGGAAGUGUUCGGAAUGCACGAGAAUGCUAAUAUAAUUUUUAAUCGAAACGAAACAAGAUUUUUUGUGGAUACACUGUUAAAUAGUAUGAGCGGAGGAGAUUCUUUGGGUGAAGCUGCAUUAGCCGCUAUGGAUAAAAUAUGCCUAGAAAAAGUACAAAAUAUACGCUCUGUAAUAGCAAGACAAAUUAACAGUGAUAAUCCUUACCCCGAUCUAAUGAAGAGGGACAACAAGAAUAGAAUUCCAUCAUUAACAACAGUUUUGCUACAGGAAAUAGACAGGUUUGAUCGUCUAUUAGGAGUGAUGCAUAAUAACUUGAACGAUCUGGAAAAGGCUAUUCAAGGGUUCGUUGUGAUGUCGGAAAGUUUAGAAAAGAUAUAUCGCGCAUUCACAAAUAACCAAGUUCCACAAGUUUGGCACUCCAAUGGCUUUUUAUCGACCAAAUCGUUAGGCAGCUGGAUUUAUGACUUGCAGCAACGAAUUGAAUCUAUACAAUCAUGGAUCGAUGAUGGCCUACCGAUAUCUUCGUGGAUUUGUGGAUUAUUUUUCCCACAGUCGUUCUUGACUGGUACUUUGCAAACAUAUGCGAGAAAAAAUGAUAUUCCAAUUGACACGCUGCGGUUCGAUUUCGAGGUCAUGAGCUGUACAUUGAAUCAACAAGUUAUAUAUGAACGACGAGCACGUGGACAGAAGAGUAAUUCAUUGUUUGAAGAUCUCAAAGUUCCUGUAUCUGGUGUUCUUAUCCACGGUUUAUUCAUAGAAGCUGGAAGAUGGGACAUACGUGAAGGAGGAUUAUGCGACGCAAAAGUAGGAGAGCUGGUAUCGAGAUUGCCAGUCGUGUGGCUUAAACCUUGCGUGGAUCUUGACAUAGGGCGACGCUACGAAGCACCACUUUAUAAAACUAGCGUACGCGCAGGUGUACUGUCUACAACUGGUCAUUCUACAAACUUUGUGUUGUCUCUUCUACUGGAUACGAAGAAAUCAUCAGACUAUUGGAUUUUACGAGGAACCGCUCUCGUUACUUCUGUAACCGACUGAAUCAGGUGGUAGUGCACCAGAAGCCAGACAAAUAUAUGGCUAUUUAAAUAAUGACUUACCUUACUUCAGACUGAGAAGAGCAUCUAUGUUCGAUUCAACCUCUUUGACAGCCUUUACUGCAUGCGUUGUACUCGUAGUC